GCACAAACAAAGCGUGGGAGGGCCAACUUGCGCGUCCUGGCGUGGACAGGUCGGCAAAUGUCCCCACAUUCGACGCAAGCGCACUGACGUGGCGGUGCUCUCAAGCGCUGGUGCGCAUGAAUUCGUGUUUAACAAGGUUGCCGAUGCACGCUAUUCAUACAUCAAAUGGCAGAGAGUUGAGCGCGGGGUGGGCUGGGUCUGGCUGGGUCGAGGGGAUCUCCAAGGAUAGAAUCACGCCUGUGACCGAAGUCGCAGAACAGGACCGCUGAUGGCACAGCGCGAUAGCGCUCGUCAAGAGGAGUCGAUUGGCACGACUUUGGUAUUAGAUGGAGGGGUUUAACCCCUCAAUAACAAGGUUUUAUCCGGGGGGGAGUCGGUCGUCCCCAGAACUUCCUCAUCAGACCUUCCCCAGAACUUCCUCAUCAGACCACAACUAAAAGUACGUGCGUAAUGCUGUUCUGAAGCUCUGCAGUUUCGAGCAUGGGGUAAGAUCUUGACCCGUGUGCGCACGCCACCAAGCCCGGGCGGUCGUGGGUUUUGUUGUCUCCGCGUGCCUGUCCUGUGCUGUUGUGCGUGCCACCGAGCCUGGGCGGCGACAUCUAUCGCUGGCGCCGGUCGCCCCGCUGCUCCACACGCCUCGGCCCCAAUCCCAUAAGUAAUAUCACCUGCAACUAACGCCUCUACCUGUGCUCCGCUCGUUGUAGCUUGGUUUGGUUUAGUUUGGGCUGGUAUUUACAACCCACCCCCCGGGGUCGUCCAAGAAACCUGUGGCCCAGCUUAGCAUGUCAGCUAGGGCGGUGGCGCUCCGGGAGUCGCGGGCGGAGGCGCCUGAGCUGGAUGAGGCUGCCGCUGCGGCACGUCGCGCAGCCAAGUAUGCCGCCCAGCAGCGGUGCCGGGCGAAGAAGGAGGCGGCGAAGGAGGCGGCAGCCAAGGGCAUGGACGGCGCCGACGACGACAGCGACUUCAAGGACUGCGCUAUGGCCGGUCCACGGGGCGGUCACGGGGCGGUCACGGGGCGGUCAUGCCCAGCAGUGCCCAUGCUUCCCACGCCGGGAGGCUGUUAAGUUUGGGCAAGAGCAGGUGCAGGUGCAGGUUUGGGCAGGGGCAGGUGCAGGUUUGGGCGGGGCAGGGGCAGGUUUGGGCGGGCAGGGGUUUGAGGAUAACACGGCCAACGUAGCAUCCGUGUCCCUGUCGUUGUUCCCUGUGAAACAGGAACCGCGACCUGAAC